CUUAUUCUUGUUUCAAAAAUUAUUUGACAUAGUCAAGAAGGCCCCACAUUUUCUCUCCUGUUACUUUCACAUGCAUUUCCUAUAGAUACGUGUUCCUUAUUUAGUUCCCCUCUCUUUAUAAUCCAAAAUCUAUAUAAGAAACACUUUACUAUUUACAACAUACAACGUACAAACCAAUAAUAUUUCGAUAGAUUCAAUUAAUCGAAAUUCAGAAGCUGAAAUUUUAAUAACAAUGAAUAACUCGAGUAAUUCGUGUUCUUCGAUACCUUCAGAUGAAGGAAGUAUUAUAUUAGAAUCGUCUAACAAGUCGAAGAAGCGAGCGGCCGGGAGGAAAAAGUUCAAAGAAACACGUCACCCGGUGUUUCGAGGAGUGAGAAAGAGAGACAAUGACAAGUGGGUUUGCGAAAUUCGCGAACCCACUAAACAAAAGCGAAUAUGGUUAGGUACGUACCUAACCGCGGAAAUGGCUGCACGUGCUCAUGACGUAGCUGCAUUAGCGCUUAAAGGAGAAUUAGCCAAGCUGAAUUUUGCGGACUCGGCUUGGCGUUUACAAGUUCCGGUGUCUAAGGACCCGAAAGAGUUACGCCAAGCGGCUGCUAGAGCCGUCGAGGCGUUCGAGAACGUGAGGGAAGUAGCACCACAAGAGAAUAAUAUCGUAGUAGAUUGUAAUAUGAUGGUCGAUGAAAAUAAUAACAGUAACUCAUGUGGGAUAGAGGAAUGGGUUGCAAAUAUGGAAGAGGAAAGUUUGUUUUCACCAAAUCCAUGUUUAUUUGGGAGUCAUUUCAAUUGGGAUGAUCAUGUGGAAAGUGAUGUUGAGGUGUCCUUGUGGAAUUAUACUAUUUGAUCUCACAUGCAAUUAGGAGCGGAGCUACAAUGUCAUACGUAGUUUAAUUGAACCUAUAAUAAUAGAUGGUUUAGUGGUAUGCGUGUGGUGUGGCUUAUACAAAGUCGUUAUGAUCUAGCUUAAAAUUCAAAACUUGCAAUAUUGAAAACUCACAAACCAUUAGCAAGUUGUUUUAAGCAUGAUAUAAUAAAAACACAUAAUAAUAUAUAUAUAUAUAUAUAUAUAUAUAUAUAUAUAUAUGUGAAUGACUUUCUAAUGUAUAAUCUCGAUAUUUCACUUAGCCACACAUUUUUAAUAGUAAGGCUAUUUUAGGAGACCAUUUAUAUAUUACGUCUAUUAAAAAUACUGAUAUUAUCAAAAAGACAUGAGGAAUAUAUUCUAGUAGUUAGGUUGUUAGAUUCCAUCAGUUUAUGACAUCAAAGGCUCUAUAUUAUCUAUAUUGUGAAUCUCCUAAUAAAAGUAUAUAAUUU